AUGUGUUUUACCGAUAGAUCCCGAAGAUCUUUGGGAGGCAGUUAUGGGGAUAGCUUUAUACAGCUUAGUGGCAAGCCAGUUUGCAUACUGCUUGAUAAGAAAUUGAGAACUAGGACUAAAAGCAAAGAAAGCAUGUUGAAAUCCCCAAGGCCAGUUGAGUGGUAAUGACCAAAACACAUCUCCUAUAUGUUUGUCUUUAUUUUUCCUCAGAGCAAUGCUAAGGUAGCAGUGCUUGGAGCCUCCGGAGGGAUUGGGCAGCCCCUUUCUCUUCUCCUGAAGAACAGCCCGCUGGUGAGCAGGCUCAGCCUCUACGAUAUCGCUCACACUCCGGGUGUUGCAGCUGACCUCAGUCACAUCGAGACAAGAGCCCAAGUUAAAGGUUUCUUGGGGCCUGAGCAGUUGCCAGAAUGUUUGAAGGGCUGUAAUGUUGUAGUAAUUCCUGCAGGAGUGCCUAGGAAACCAGGUAUGACCCGUGAUGACCUGUUCAACACCAAUGCAAGCAUUGUGGCUAAUUUGAUCUGCGCAAGCCACUGUCAAAAAGCCAUGAUCUGUAUUAUUUCUAACCCGGUAAAUUCAACCAUCCCCAUAACUUCAGAAAUCUUCAAGAAGCAUGGUGUAUAUAAUCCCAACAAAAUUUUUGGUGUUACAACACUGGACAUUGUCAGAGCAAACACUUUUGUGGCUGAGCUAAAGGGUUUAGAUCCAGCUCGUGUAAGUGUCCCAGUUAUUGGUGGCCAUGCAGGGAAGACUAUCAUCCCUCUCAUCUCUCAGUGCACACCAAAAGUGGACUUUCCUCAGGAUCAGCUGCAAAAGCUGACAGGGAGAAUUCAGGAAGCUGGCACUGAAGUUGUCCAAGCUAAAGCAGGAGCAGGAUCUGCAACAUUGUCUAUGGCCUAUGCUGGUGCUCGAUUUGUAUUUUCUCUGGUGGAUGCAAUGAAUGGAAAGGAGGGGGUUAUUGAAUGUUCCUUUGUUCGAUCAGAAGAGACAGAGAGCCCAUACUUCUCUACACCUUUGCUACUUGGGAAAAAUGGAAUUGAGAAGAACCUAGGUGUGGGCAAGAUCUCCCCCUUUGAAGAGAAGAUGAUUGCUGAGGCUAUGUCUGAGCUGAAGGCUUCUAUUAAGAAGGGAGAGGAAUUUGCAAAGAACUUCAAGUGAAGCAUUGAUGAUGGAGAGGAAUUGCAACUUCCUUAAUUUAUUAAGGCAUCAUGUCACUUUACGACUUCUGAUUCAAAGCUCGUGCUUUGGUUGAAGUCUGUCUGUAUUAGCUAAAUGAUUGUUGCCAGAUGCUACUCGUCAAUAAAACAGCCUCAUUUUUUUCAGUGUA